GAACUAGCCUUCGAUCCCUAUGAAACAUAUGCACAAGAAGUUUUACGACCAGGGUUUCAUGAACAUUUUCUCUCUCAGGUCUCUAAGCCUGGUGCUGCAUUUUAUUUGCAGUCCAUAGGUGAAGGCAUCAAAGAAGCUGUUCACUAUGUCCUUCCUAGACUACUUUUGUCUCCUGUUUACCACUGUCUUCACCACUUCGAUCUAUUAAAGCAACUGGAAGAGAAGAGUGAAGAUGAAGAAGACAAAGAAUGCUUGAAGCAAGCAAUAACAGCACUUCUCAAUCUGCAAAGCAGUAUAGAGAGGAUAUGUUCAAAAAGCUUAGCAAAACGAAGACUUAGUGAAUCUGCCUGUCGAUUUUAUAAUCAUCAAAUGAAGGGAAAACAACUAGCAAUUAAGAAAAUGAAUGAGAUCCAGAAAAAUAUUGAUGGUUGGGAUGAGAAAGACAAAGACAUCAGGCAGUGUUGCAAUGAAUUCAUCAUGGAAGGGAGUCUAACACAGGUCGGUGCCAAACAUGAAAGACAUCUUUUUCUCUUUGAUGGUCUUAUGAUUUGCUGUAAGCUAAAUCAUAGUCAGUCUCGACUUCCAGUUGCUAGUAAUGCAGAGUAUCGUCUCAAAGAGAGAUUCUUUAUUCGUAAGGUACAAAUUAAUGACAAGGAUGACACUACUGAGUAUAAGCAUGCCUUUGAAAUCAUACGAGAAGAAGGCAGUGUCAUUUUUGCUGCCAAGUCAGCUGAGGAGAAAAGCAACUGGAUGGCAGCAUUGAUAUCUUUACAGUACCGCAGUGCUUUAGAACGAAUUUUGGAUGAUACUAUGAUAAAGGAAGAGAAGUAUGAGCAGCUGCGUCUCCCAAGCCCAGAGUUAUACCGAUUUGCAGAGCCAGAUUCUGAGGAGAAUAUUGUAUUCGAGGAGAAUGUCCAGUCUAAAUCAGGAAUUCCCAUUAUCAAAGCAGGAACUGUAGUGAAACUCAUUGAGCGCCUUACUUAUCAUAUGUAUGCAGAUCCCAAUUUUGUGCGGACAUUUCUAACAACAUAUAGAUCUUUCUGCAAACCUCAGGAACUUCUUAGUCUUCUUAUAGAAAGAUUUGAAAUUCUGGAACCUGAGCCAACAGAGGCUGAUCGAAUAGCUAUGGAGAAUGGUGAUCAACCUGUUAGUGCAGAGCUAAAACGUUUUAGGAAAGAAUAUGUUCAACCUGUGCAAUUACGUGUUUUGAAUGUCUGCAGACAUUGGGUAGAGCACCACUUCUAUGACUUCGAAAGAGAUGUAGAUCUUUUGCGAAGAUUAGAAGAAUUCAUUGCUACAGUGAGAGGUAAGGCUAUGAGAAAAUGGGUUGAGUCCAUCACCAAAAUUAUUCAACGAAAGAAACAGGCACAAGCGAAUGGACCAAGCCACAAUAUUACAUUUGAAAGCCCUCCUCCUCCAAUUGAGUGGCACAUAAGUCGACCAGGAAGUAUAGAGACAUUUGAUUUGAUGACGCUACAUCCAAUAGAAAUUGCUCGACAGCUUACCUUGCUGGAAUCAGAUCUUUACAGAGCUGUGCAACCUUCUGAGCUGGUUGGAAGUGUGUGGACAAAGGAGGACAAAGAAAUUAAUUCUCCCAAUCUUCUCAGGAUGAUACGACACACUACUAAUCUCACUUUGUGGUUUGAAAAAUGUAUUAUAGAAACAGAAAACCUUGAGGAAAGGGUGGCAGUGGUAAGCCGAAUUAUUGAGAUUCUGCAGGUUUUUCAAGAGCUAAACAACUUUAAUGGCGUGCUGGAAGUGGUUAGUGCCAUGAAUUCAUCACCUGUGUACAGGCUAGACCACACAUUUGAGCAAAUUCCAAGCCGUCAGAAAAAGAUUCUAGAGGAAGCUCAUGAAUUAAGUGAAGAUCAUCACAAGAAGUAUUUGGCUAAGCUUAGGUCGAUCAACCCACCAUGUGUGCCUUUCUUUGGAAUUUAUUUGACAAAUAUCUUAAAAACAGAGGAAGGCAAUCUUGAUUUCCUUAAAAGACAUGGUAAAGACCUAAUAAAUUUUAGUAAGAGGAGGAAGGUGGCGGAAAUAACAGGAGAGAUCCAGCAGUAUCAGAACCAACCGUAUCGUUUAAAAAUAGAAACAGAUAUCAGAAAGUUCUUUGAAAAUUUAAAUCCUAUGGAGAAUGUUCCAGAGAAAGAGUUUACAGAUUAUCUUUUCAACAAAUCCCUGGAGAUUGAGCCACGUAAUGCCAAGACUCUGCAAAGAUUUAUUAAAAAGUACAAUUACCCUCUCAAGUCUCCAGGAGUCCGUCCAUCAAAUCCCAGACCAGGUACUAUGCGGCACCCUACACCCCUUCAGCAGGAGCCACGAAAAAUUAGCUACAGCCGUAUCCCUGAGAGCGAGUCUGAAAGUACAGCAUCUGCUCCAAACUCUCCUCGAACACCUGUUACACCUCCUCCAUCUGCUUCUGCCCCAUCCAGCAUAACUGAUGCCUGCAGUGUAUUUGAUUCAGACCCCGCCAGCCCUUUCCAUUCAAGGUCUACAUCUGUGUCGUCGAUGAUAAGUUUUAGUAAACUGAUUGACGAUCCCAGUAUCCCACCUCCUGUUCCUCCACGAAGACGCCCAGACUCUGCCCCUGCAGAAUCCUCUCCUUCCAAGAUGAUGCCUAAACACUUGGACAGCCCUCCUGCCAUUCCUCCUCGGCAGCCAACAGCUAAGAGCUUUUCACCUCGAUACCCAAUUCCAGAAAGGACUUCUGUAUCAGAACUACCUGAUGAUAGCCCUCCCACAUUACCACCUCGAGAGCCUGUACGAACGCCAGAUGUGUUUUCUUGCUCACCACUGCAUCUGCAGCCACCACCACUGGGCAGAAAAAGUGAACCUACCAAUACUUUUUUCCCCAGCAGCCCAGCUCCAUUUACGCCCCUCCCUCAAACACCAUCACCACUAGGAUCUCGUAGAAAUCUACCAUCAUCACCUUUUAUGCCACAAGACAUUGACCCCCAUCCAGCUGGUCCCCCUAUUCCCCCACGACAGAGCACAUUGCAGACUAUUCCAAAGCUUCCACCAAAAACUUACAAAAGGGAGAGCACGCAUCCAUCUAUACACAGAGAUGGGCUGCCUUUGGUGGACAAUGCUCAUACCUCCUAAACGGUAGAUGAACUCUGCAAACACUAAAGAACUACAGCGCUUCAACAAGUGCAGUAUGUAAAUUAAUGAGGAAAUAAAACAACCAAUUAUCUUAAGCAGAUGAAUUUUUUUUAACUUCAUUGAUAUUGAAGUAGCAGGAAACUGACUCUGUGAAUAAAAGAAAAUCAAAACCCUUUGGCAGUGGGGUUUCUGAAAUCAUCCAUAAAAUUAACCUGAAAUGCCAAUCAUGUACCCAGGUGUUGCUUGUUAUCCCAGACAUCCACAUAAGCACAGUACUGUGGGUAAAACUGAAACAUUAUGCACCUUGUUGUUGGAACUAUUUCUUUUUUAUCGUUAUGUAAGUCUUGAAACCUUUGCAGAAAAAUUGAUAAAAGGACUUUCAGUAAACCACGGUACCUAGACAUGCGGUGUAAUGUUUUCAGUAUGGUAUCAGAACUUGUCAAAGGGGGCACUCAAAUGGAUACCUACUACACCAAAGAGGUACUUAAAGUCAAGGGUGCCAGACCGUAUAAGAGACGUUUGCCAAGAAGUAAAUUAUGUAAUUAUUGCCUUCAAACAAGGGGAAAAUAAAGUCUUAUUCUAUCAUGUUGGCAGAGAACAAUGUUCACAUCUGGUUUUAAUACAAUAAAUGUACAUCUAAAAGAUAACAUUAAGUACGUUAAGUUCAUAUCAGCUUUCAUAAAGGUUUACUGAUAAUCCAUUUCAUGGCUUUCCAAGUCAUUACCAGUUUAUAUGACUGUGUGCCUUACCACUUGUGAUGUGCAAUCAUAUUAUGGAGGGGCAAAAAGCAGAAACCUGAUUCUUCACUCCUUUUUCUUUGCCUAAGCUGUUGUAACUGCACUAAGCUGUCUGCAUAAACAAAUACUCUUAUGUACUGUAAAAUGUUGGAUGAUUUGAAAAAGGUCUGUGACUGAAUAUUACACAUUUCUUUCCUGGGCACUGAGUGUUGCUAGUCAUAUGCACUAGUCCAACAUUAGUGACAGUCUUGUUUUAGAACACUAAAUAGGGAAGCGCAGCUGGUAUUACCCAUUCAGUGGUCACUCCCAGGUCACUGGUAAAAGUAUGUAUAUGUAUGCGUGUGUGUGAUAUAUGUGUGUGUGUGUGUGUGUGUGUGUAUGUGCAUAUGUAAUGGACAUGUGAGACUGGUAAUUGCAGUGGUAUUCAUUUUCAGACUGUAAUGUGAAGGCAAGCCUACUGCAUAAAGUUGGUUGUGUCAGCUCUAUUUCAGAUCACUUUGUAUGCCACUAACCAUGGAGGACUACUAAUAUAUCGGUUUGCCUUUUUGCACACUUACCUAGUGAAUGGGCUGUAUUUCUAUUGGAGUAUUUUGUUUACAUUUUUAGCAUUUGAUUCUGGCCAUAAGUAAUUAACCGUGUGAUUUACUGAUGCUACACAGAUGUACUAUAUCUAAAGGAACUGCUGUGACAUGGAUUAUCUGUAAACCUGACUAUAAUUGUUUUACAAACUACUUUGGCUGCACUGUAUGCUGAGCUAUUAAGAAGACGGUGAUUAAUGUUUAGCUACAUCAUUUUGAUGAACUCCUUUACAGUACUACUUUGCAGGAAAGACCCCAUUUAUAUUCAGAUUGUCUUUUAAUUGUAUGAUGUGUGUACAAAAAAAAACAAAAUACAUUUCAGCAGUGUAUGUUACCAGGUUCUUCAUUUGAAACAUUUUUGCAAAUGUGCACAUAAUUUGAUGCAGUGUGUACAAUAAGAACAAUGUCACUUUACUAGUUAAAUGACACGGGCACACAUGCACUUAGCUGGUUUGCAGCCUUGUUGCUCAAACUGCUCGUGUACGAGUUUAGCCACAGUAUUUACAUCUCAGCAGAAACUUUUUUCUCCUUAUAUUACCAGUGGCACAAACAGUUGGUGAAAAUAUUUUGCUCAUAUUCUGAAUAUGGUAAGGUGUUUUAUAAGGCAUGCAGCUGUAGUCAGUAACUGGCACUUUUCUUUUGCUUUUCAGUAGACAUUUCCCCUAAGUGCAUUGUGCAUUACAUAUUCAAGCAGUUUUAUUGUUUCAUUGUUAAACACAUUUAUCACAUUUUCUCUCUCUUUCACGUUAGUUGAGAAGUUUGAUUUUAUCCAUGUCAGUUUCUGUUUAAGCAGUGUGUGUUUAUUUGCUGUCUGUUUACUCAGUAAUGUGUCAGAAAACAUUGCACUAAAUAUUGGUAGUAAAACUUUGCUUUAGCCUGCAGGAUGGGACUAUGAGAUCUGAGAUCUCAAAAUACUGUGGACGCUGUCCUUAAAGUUGCCUAACAUCUUUUCUAAGGACUGUCAGUAUGUAAAGCAGAUUGACUUACAAGUGUAGUUGACUUGAGUUAAUAACUGUACAGUGGAUAUUUUUUAAAUGCUUGCAUCAGAUCUAGUAUUUAAUUGUUUUACUGUUCUAUUUCAUUUGAGACCCUACAAAACAAAGUUUAUUUUGGAAGGAAUCAAGUUUAGUGGUAUUGUAACCUACUCCAAGUUUGGUUGAGCUUGGAAAUGGUUAUAUUAAGUAGAAAGAUGCAGGAGGUGAAGCCUCCUGGUUGCCCAUCAUAUAAAACAUCUUUUCUUCAAUCUUGUUUGCUUAAGCUGUUUUUUUUUUUUUUAUCUCACUAACUCUGGAUGCAAUAAAAUCACAAAUACUGAAGUUUAAAGGAAAAGCAUUUUCUUUAGCUGCCUUCCAUACUGUUAGUGUUGGAAACUUUCUCUGCUCUCUUAAUAAAACUGUUUUGUAUAUUUGUGGGCAUAGUUUUGCUGUAUGUACCAUCAUCCACUUAAAUUGUUUUGAAAAUAGUUUUGCCAGUUGCCACAAUUUAUAGAAUGAAGUGCGUGUUCUUGAUACAUGUACCAUAUCAGUUGCAGUCGUUUCAGCUAAUUGUGCUUUCCAUUACUUGUGUCUGUAAGGGGGAAGUUGACCUUAAACUCCCUCCCUUAGCUAUUUUUCUCUCUCUUUUGUUUGCAAGUUUUACCGUCACUGCUUGUCAACAAUUAAACGCUGUCUUGACCUCAGUCCUUUCACUAUCUUCACCCACCAAGUGUUAACAGAGAGAAAUCAUCGUUAAGGCAGCCAUUAAAGGUGUUUCAAGCCUUUCUCACCUUUAUUUUCUUCUUCUCUAACUAUGUGAUCCCAGUAGGGCAAUGAGGAGGGGAAUGCAGUGGGCUGUCCAUGGGGGGGGCCUUUCAGUUCCCCAAGGGAUGUUUUCUUCAAGUUAUCUUGCCGCUCAUCCCACGAGUUAUGGUCUCUUCAGUUUCCAUCAUGGAGAUCACACCACCAUGUGUGCCUACAGGUGCAUGCAAACCCCACCCUUCCCCCAAUAGAGAAGUGCCCAUUCACUCCUCUCCCUCCCUGUGGCUACUCCAUUGUCAGGACUACUAAUUGAAUGUCAUUCGUAUGGGUCAUAGGACUACAGUCUGUUCCUGUGUACCACAGAGCCAGACUUAAGAGGAGGUACCAGCUCACCCCCACAAAUGAAGUUAACAGAGAAUUCAGUUUGCCAGUAUAGUUGCAGUCAUUUAAUGCCAUCUAGUGUCACCCUGUCUUUUUUUGGAAGUUUAGGUAUUGUAAAAUAAUGCUGCAGUGUCUGUACUGACUUUUCCUGGUUCAUGAACAUCCGUCACAAGCUGGGUGCUGUCUGUUGCUCUUUUUAGUUUUACGUUAGGGCUAUGGGGUUUUGAAAGCAAGUACCACUUGCAUUUACAGACUACCAGUUAUCUGACCGUAUACAUGAAGAAACGGGCACUAAAAUCAGUGUAAAUGGAGCUAUCACUCUCCUCCCCUUCUGUGGUGAAUGCACACACUCUUCUCCUUCUUCCUGUGUACAGAUUAUUGAGUUUGCAUGAUCUGAGUAAUCAUUCAGUGUAUGGUGUCAAUAAUGUUUGUGUUCUUGAAAAUUCUUUGGACAGUUUUUCAAUUUUCUGUGCCCCUCAUUAAAUUAACUUUUUCACUGGCAUUUUUCUCCCAUUAUGAGAGAGUAAUAUUUCAUUCCAUUGUCUGAUCACUGCUUCUUAUGCUACAGCUACUUAGCAACAGGAUGUCCUAGAUUAUUUGUUGACCAGUGUUUUAAAAAAAAAGAAAAGCUUUUUUGUGGAGGCAAAGAGACCUUUCACAAGGAUAACGUGAGAGAGUUUCCAGCAUGGACAGAGCAAUAGGUCUUCAGUCUGUCUGCCCCCCAGAUUUCCAGACUCGCCAUUUGAUGUAAAUCUUCUUUCUGUCAUUUAGUCCUCCAUUAGAUAAGUGGCAGCACUACAUUUCUGACCAAAAAUUGUCCUCAGAAGUUUAUGAAGGAAUCCUUCUUUAUGGUUCUGUACUUCAGAUCCCACUCUGAUGCAUGGUUCUAAAAUGGGACUUCAAUUUUAGGUAGAAAAAGAAAAUGCCACUCUUUUGAACCAUCAGCAUCAUACUACUUUUAAUUCAUAAUGAGGAAAAGCAGUCUCUGAAGAGAUUAUCUCAGCAUCUGGACAAAUCACUGGGCUUCAGACUUCCCUUUAUCAACUUCCCUGUAUCUUCUGUCACCAAAACAGUUUUUCAUUGAAAUGAAUUUUAUAGCUGAGGUGGCAUUUUUUUAAAUAAUCCAGUAUCUUGCUAUCCUUCCUGAUAAUAAACAACUGGAUGUGCUUGGUUGUAUUUCAGGUGUCUUGUCAAAAGUUCUGAUUUUGUCUGAGUAAUAUAUUCAUUUAAGUUUUAUGCAUCAGCUCAAACCAGCUAAUUUCUGUUACAGGUUGCCAAGCAAUUCUUUUUUUUAAUAACUAUGUAACUGCAUUCAGCAAAUAAGGAAAAGCAAUAACAGAAGCGUACUGCAUUCAUUCCGCUUUAUUAAUAUGUUAGCUGAGUAAAACCCAUUGGACACUGAUAUCUUUUUUUCCAGAGUGGCACAGAAGCAGUGUACUUAUUGUGACUUUUGACUUGCACAGUAUAGAAGUGGAGACUGAAGAAAAUAAGCCAAAAACUGCAGUUUGAAGCAGUCUCCAGCUUGUGUCUUUUAACCUCUAUGCUUUUUGCUACUCAGCAGGCAUUGUAUCAGCUUUGGCUGCUUUCCUCAAACUGAUGGUAUUUCAAAGUUGCAACAAAAUUCUUUGUUAAUUUUACCUCAGUUUAUUGAUUUUUUUUACCUGUAUGUAGAAGUUAUUCCUUUUUGGCAGAUAUUUGCAAAAAGAUUCACAAUUAUGUAAUACAAAAUUUUAUGAGAAAUCAUUGGUAAAGCAUUGUUGAGUGUUGCACUGUAGAAGCUGUUUUGUGGCAAAACAGUUUGUAAAUUAAAUAUAAUAACUAAAAGAAAAUAUGCCUUGGAUGUCAGCUGCCAUGGAAGUAUUCUCAUCAGAGUGCUUUCCAUCUAAUAGCUAAACUUGAGAGAGAGUACCCUGGGUAAGACAACCUUCUGCCUAAGAUACUAUAGCUCAUCUGGCUCUUUGGAGACUGUCUACAUUCUAAUCUACAAGGGUAGUGAAUGUGACGUUUAGUUUUAGUCUACUGGGUGGAUUCCAGAAUCUGUUUUGCUGACCAGUGAGCUGACAGAAGUUUUUUUUUUUCUUUUAAGCUUUACCAUUUCCUUGCACAUGUGAAACAGCCCAUGGAGAAUGUUGCAAGGUCUUUGUCACCUGCUUCCACAACAGGUGCUACCUCACUAGCUCCAUUCUGUUGUAGUUGGCUGCCUCUGUCUCAUGUCCAUUGUCCACCAGGAAUAAUAGGUGGAGCGCACACCCCAGCGCACAAGUUCUCAACCCUUUGUUUUGACAGAGGCAAGCAGAUUAGUUAUUUUUCUCUCUUCUCUGGCACAUGAGCUGCUAAAUAAAUGUACAUUUAGUCUGUUUCAGUCAGUACUCCAAUUGUCUUUGUCAUGUAGGAUCUAAUGAACUCUUCAUCGUGGAUGGAACCACAUAUAGAGUAAUUAAAAUAAUUAUAAGUACUCAAAUCUUUGUCUGUUUUGUAUGUCCAUCUAGGAUUAUGCAGAACAAAAGAAUCUGACCAUUUUGAAUGCUUUCCGACCAGCUUUUACCUCCAGUGUUUUCUAAAUCGCCAGUCAAGAUGAUCUUGUGUGCCUUUGACAUUUGCUGAUUGGGUAAUCUGAAAGUUAAUCCUAAUUAAAUGAGUUAUGCCCAGUUGGCCUAUCCUAGUUAAGGGCAAACAAAAAUGAAGGGAUUUUAUGCCUAACAUUUUUCAAGUUCCAACGUGUCAAAAAAUAGACAUUAAGACUGGUACACGGGUCUGUAUUAAAGAAACAUUGCAUCUCCCUCAGGCAAAGUGCAAAAUAUUGGAACUGAAAUGUGUAAAUAUAGAAACAUUAGACACUACAACGUAUUAUACUUCAGUGCAGUACAAAAUGUUGCAGUGUAAUUAUUUUUGUCCUGUGCACCAACCCUCGAUACUGUGUUCCCUGCAACCCUGAUAUCUGUAUAUACUACCUUUGAGGUCAUGCAAACUUGGAGAAGAAGAAAGAAAAAGUAGAAAAGGUGGGGGAGGUGUUCUCUCUCCUACGAAUUAUAAAAUUGUGCAACCUCACAUUAAAUUACAGCACCUGCAAUAAACCAUGCUUCAUCGUACUGAGAAAUCAACAAUGUAAGAAAGCUGUCUUACCCAGCAAUAUUAUAAAAUCUAACAAAGGAGCAAUAACAUUUGUGUUCCCCUGGAGUAGCGUUUUUGUCCUUUCCUUUUGAUUUGGGCCUGACUGGGUUCUGUACCCCCACCCCCACAAUGAAAAAAAAUGUUUUUUAAUCCUAUUGUCCAGCAAAAAAAAUUCGAACAGUUCCAGGCCAAAAAUGCAUUGACAUGCCUGUUUCAUACUCAAAUAAGUAUUUUGUUUUUGGGGAGUAUUUAUAGUUCAGAUUUAAGAAAGUGUAUGAUCAUUCUGGCCAAGUCUUUUUCUUACACAGUCACUAAUGUUUAAUGAAGUUUGGCAGUUUAAAACAACCGAAUACAAGAUAAAUGGUUGCAAACAUGCAGUUUAGUCUUGUUACAGGAAAUAAAUCACAUUUAACAAAUGAUGGGAGAACUGCAUCAAGCUAUCAUGCUAAUUUCUGGUUGAGUUUGCUCUUGCAUUAUGUUGGCCAUUUUUUUCUUAAGAGUUUGACAAUCCUGGAAAAACUGUACGUGCAUGCACCUUUUUGUUCGAGUUUCAAAAACUGCAGUGACAUAGUUGCAAUAUUUUCAAUUUUGUUGUCUCCUUUGGAGCCCUGAGAAGAUGCAGGUUCACAUAUACAAGUGGCUAUCUUUUGGUAUGUUUAAAAAGCAUGUGUGUACAUGAACCCUUAAGAUGUUUGUUCUCCUUUUUUUCUCUCCAAACAUGGGAAGUGCAUUUCCUUUUAAGCCACAGUGCUAUAAGGAAUAUUUAUCUUAUGAGUUUAUUUAUUGCUGUAUAUUGCCAUUGGUUUGAACAGAAUCUAAUGCUGUUGUCAAAAAGUGGUGGUCUGCAAUUGGAAAAGUAUUGUCGUAGUGGAGAGUUUAAUGCAUCUUGUCAAGCUGUGCUUUUCUGAAGGAAGCAUACAUUGCAAAUUUCUUUCUGCUUUCAGAAUAACUUUUGAUAAGAUUCUAGAUGCUUUCAUCUGAUGUGUGUGUGUACGCCCAUAUAUACAUACUCAUGUGCACACAUACAUAUAAACUUUAAAUGCAGUUCAUCAUAAUUCUUGCCCAUUGAUUUUGUGCUUCCAAGUGUUGACCUUAAUUGCAACACUUUCUUUUAGUAUUUCCUUUUGCUUGUAAAUGAAUUUUAAAGCAAAACCAAAUGUAAAAGAAUUGCACUUUCAUGUAAUUGUAGUGAAUGGUAAGUCCUGUGGUUACAAAAUAGAUAACUGUUUGUUUGCUGUUUGAUCACUGCUACAGCAAGUUAGAAUGUUUUGCGAGUGUCUCUGUCUGUGUACUUGUCUGUUCAUGGGUGGAAGGGAUAUAUAAAACACACAAAUGCAAGUCGGUACUUACAGUCCAAGCUUAAUACUAAGCAGCAGAAAGGUACUUAAGUUUUAAAGAUGCUUAGCUGCUUUUAUUGAAUCUGAUGCAACAAAAUGAGAAGUGCUCCAUUUCACAUGCUGUGUUUCUAAGUAAGUGGAUGUAGUACAUUUAAGUUCCAUAUAGCAUUUUCAAAUUCUUGAUUGAGAAAAACUGUGGUUUGAAACUGGCCAUUUAUGACCCUUAGAGGGCUUGAGAAGUCUUAGCCAUAAACGCUGUACCUCCAGGUAAGCAGAAAACAAGAUGCAGCAUGCACCUACGUGCUUAAAAGUGUAGUACACUCCAGCUCCACAAGAGAGAUGGUCUUACAGACCCUUAAGGAGUGCCUUCCUUAACAUGCCUUACAGCUUCUUCUUAUAUUCAUAAUUCUUUAAAAAUUAUGAACACCUUGCAUGGUACCAGUCCUUAAGGUUGGAACUGUCGGUGUACAGAUUUUGCUGUACCCCAGUCAUGCAUGGAAGUUUGCUAGCUCUGUAGGCAACUAUUGCAGCUUCCUUCGUUGUUUGGUUGAGGCAGUGGAUAGGUACUAGUUAGCACAGUACAUUUUUCUGUCUCUCUGUAGACUGUUGUGUUUUCAAGCAGACAUAAUUGUGAUUUAAAAUGAAAAUGUUUUAUUUUGCAGAAUGCUUACAGGAAGUGAGCAAUAUUAAUGUAAUGUAAAACAAUGUAUUUCUGCAACAGAUACUACAAGACAGCCCAUGACAGCUGCUGGAGUAACUGUAAUGUAUUAUUAAUGAGUGAAUGUGAUUGACUAAUGCAGUGACCCACUGCAUAAGUUAGCCACUCUGGCAGUUAAAACUAUUGUAUAUGACCUCAAAGAUUCUGCUCAGCUCUAAAUGUUAAUAUAAAUAAUGCAAUUACUGUGUUUGAGUUCAAGCCCUAUUGUUGCUGUGAACAUUAGCGUAGAUGUUAUGAACUUGUACCUUUAACUAGAAAUUGUAUAGUACUCCCAUUUCAAGUUAGAGCAUGACAUGAUUUCAAAGAACUGGUAAGAGGUACUUAGAAAAACUCCGACUAGUGAGUUAAGACUGUGCGGCUCUUUUAAUAUUAAAAUUUCAAUGGCUAUUUAAAUAAUUGAGGUAUUUCUGCAAAGUAUAUUGCCUUGGCUGAUACUUUUUCUGUACUACAAAAUUGUAUUUUUUUUGUAUUCUGUGAGCUGAGCCCCAUUUGCCUUUAACUACUGCAUUCAUUAUUUUCACAGUACAGACUGAAUUGUUAAAAAAAACUCAGCAGCUGAUGAUCUGUGGUCCCACCACUAGCAUAUGGAAAGUUUAAUCUAAGACCUAUAUCUUGCAUCACCUCUUAUGUAGACCGAAUGGUUAAGUUUACCCUGUGCCAGUUACACACUAGUUUCAGUAGCAGCCAGACGUGCCUUUUUAUUAAUGCAUUUUUAUCCUCCCACAAGCUAUGCUAACAAAAUUGACAAGGAUUGGAAGGGCAGAUUUGUUUUUGGUUGGCUAUACCUGAGAACAAACUAUUUUGUUGUCUUAAGAAAUGUACAUAUUUGAGUUUCAAUGCAUUUGUUGUAUAUAUGUAUUUGUCUGUGUUUAAAUGGCAUGGAUGUUUGCUGUGAUGAUUAAACAUGAAAGCUUUGCCAAACUGGGCACAGAUGUGAAAACGAAGUGGUGAUCUUCGCUUGCAACAUCUGUUGUAUGACCUGUGUACCUAACAAUGUCUGUGGAUGGCCUUUGUAUUCUGUGUCAGUAACAGUAUUCAUUUUGCAUUUAAAAUGAAAAAAUACUGUCGUUUUUCUGGCAUUAAAUAAAAAAGAAUGUUUAAAAUGUU